GACGUCAGACAGAAGGACUCACUUGUAGCGAGCGUUGACCGGCGCUGGCUGUCAUUUGCACGGCGCGGUUUUACAACAAUUUUAGCUCGUGGAAUAAAUUCUUUUUUUUUUUUUUUACAAGAAUCUCAUUCUGGGUUCAAUGAAGUUGAUAUUGGAAUCUCGUAAUGAGGUGGCUUCUGCCGUGGAUUCUAAUAGUAGCCAGCACUCAUCAGGUCUUUUCCCAACAUUCCACAGCCAUGCCUCCCUUGACGGCGACCAUAGAGCUGUAUAACCGUACAGCGUACUGCAAAUGGCCGUGCAAGUGUGCCAAGAGCGCCCCCCUGUGUCCGCCAGGGGUCAGUGUGCUGAUGGACGGCUGUGACUGCUGUAAGGCCUGUUCCAAACAGGUGGGGGAGACCUGCAACGAGGCAGACGUCUGUGACUACCAUAAGGGACUGUACUGUGACUACAGCGUGGACAAGCCGAGGUACGAAAAAGGAGUAUGUGCCUACAUGGUGGGCACAGGCUGCGAGUACGACGGAGUGAUCUACCGCAACGGUCAGAGCUUCCAACCCAGCUGUAAGUACCGCUGUCUGUGUGUAAACGGCGCCAUCGGUUGUGUGCCGCUCUGCACAGACUCCCAACCGCCCCGGGUGUGGUGCCAGACGCCCAGGCGGGUCAAACUGCAGGGCCGAUGCUGUGAGCAGUGGAUCUGUGACGAGCCCAGGAAGACGCGCAAGGCAGACACCAGGCAUGAGGAGAUAGUGCGCGCCAGCCACAAUGAGGUCUGGCAUAAGAACUGCAUUACCCAGACAACCUCCUGGUCCCCGUGUUCCAAGACCUGUGGACGUGGCCUGUCCCUGAGGAUCUCCAAUGCCAACGACCAGUGUGAGUUGAUCAAGGAGUCACGCCUCUGCAACAUCCGGCCCUGUGACGUGGACAUCACCAAGCACAUCAAGCCAGGGAAGAAGUGUCUGAACAUUUACAGGGAGGAGCAGAGCCAGAACUUCACAAUCUCAGGCUGCAACAGCAAGAAGCCCUACCGUCCAAAAUACUGUGGUGUCUGCGUGGCCACAGACGAUCGCUGCUGCAUCCCUUACAAGUCCAGGACUAUCGAGGUGGAGUUCGAGUGUCCCAACGGAGCCACUCUGACAUGGCAGGUGAUGUGGAUCAACGCCUGCUUCUGUAACCUCAGCUGCAGGAACCCCAACGACAUCUUCUCUGAGCUGGAGCACUACUACGACCACAAUGAGGUCAUCAACUGACAACUGAGCAGCCUUGUCCGAGCCUGAACGUACGGCCCACAGGGCAGGAGACCAUCUCUUGUUUCUGUAGCAUGAGGUAGUUUAGUGUACAAGUACAACCCCUGGGUAAGACGCUAGUCUGCCGCGGGACCUUUUACCCAAAUACAUCUCCUUAAUGCUGAAUGCCAAGCGUUUCUAGAGUCUUUGGUAUGAUUCCACUGGGGAGAACUGAGCAGAGGACAGGUUCAUUUAGGUUAUUAUUGACUCCAAGCUUUACAUUCCUUGGAAUAAAGGGAUUGAUGAUUUGUUGGUUAGUUGAAUUAGAUGUUCAAGUACCAGGCUGGAACAAAGCCUGCACACAACUAAGGUCCCCAGGAGUAGGAUUGAAGAACAUUGCAGUUGAACCCUGCCCAAACUCUUCAUUAUGAUCUUGAUAAAAAAA